UUUUCUUUUUAUUUUAACUAGACUUGCGUUAAUAUGAAAGAGACGCUAAGAGGGCUCAUAACGCGACUCGACUGUAUGUUAGAGAGGGUUGCUCAGUUCCCCCUUCUCCCUACUACUUGAUUUACAUCAAUCGUUCGUUGGCAGGUUUGCGCGGACUAAGGUUAUUUUACAAAAGCGCAUCGGACUGUGUGUCAAGUGCAACGUUAAUAUUCAUUGUUCGUGUAGAUUCUUUAUGUUUAUAAGUAAAAAAUGUAUGCUUAUAUUAAAAUACUUGGAACAAAUGAACUAAAAAUUGUGAACGUGGACGAAAUUCAGAAGUUCAAGGUAGAUACCUUGCCUACGAAGAAAUUUAAUAUUAAAAUUGGUCACAAAACCGAACAAUGCACGGUUUCCUUCAAAGCAGAAACUGAAGAGGAGUUGCUCAAACUUAUAGAGUCAAAUCGAGCUAGGUUUCCACCUGCAAAUAUAUGUGUAACUGCUUCUGAGGACGAUACCCAAGUCAAUAAAGUAGCUAAAUCUUCAGACCUCCAGAAGACCAAUACUCAAGCUUUACUCGACAAGAAGUUAGCAUUAAAGGAUAAGACUUCUCAAAUGCGCAAGCGAGCUUACAACCGGUUACUAAAUCCUUCUUGUAGCGAGCUAUUAGUUAGUCAACGCACAGUUCGAAGGUGGGAAAAAAAAUAAAUACCCCUGUUGAUCUAAACAUUGGUUCGUUAUUAUGAAAAUAAAUCUAAAGAUUAAAUACUAACUUAUUUUACAGUUGAUUUUAAUUUUCACUUCAUAAUAUUUCAGAUUUUGAUGUAAAUUCAUUUGAAAACAGCAAUUUGAUUCCUGAAUCAUUUUGUAAACGUGAUUUCGAGAACGCGGAAAAAAUACCCUCAGAUAAUUCAUCCGUGGCAGAUGAAGAGACACUUAGCAAUGACAUAAAUAAUAUCACAAGUAUUCUGAGUGAAAGUAGUUCAAGUAGCCAAAAUAGUAGUGAAGAAGUUCUCACCGAAUAUUCUACAGAUACUACUAUGUAUUCUGAUUCCGAUGACAGCUGGUCUGAUACUGAUAGUAACUACCAAAUGCAGGAUAGUAUUGUUGAUGACAUCACACAAAGUUUUAAUACUGAUUCCUUGCAAGGAAACCGCGAAAUGUUUGCAGCUUCUCAGCUUAAAACUUCAGAUGUCCUAUUAAUGAUUGAAAGUUUUUCUACUUCAAAAAAUUUAACGCGAACCGACCACGAAGACUUAAUAAACUUAAUUAAAGUGCUUGCUGGACCGGAAUUUGAAAAUUGGAAUCCAAGUCAAUAGAAACUCUUCCAAAUUUAUGAUGCUCCCUCGGAUUUAAUAAUUUUACAUUUCUUUUGCGAAAAAUGUAAUUUAAUUCUAACAAGAAAAGAUUUAAGCAAAAGUUCGAAAAAAGAAACCUUUAAGUGUUCUAUCUGUAAAAAAAAAUAUGUUCUUUCAUCGCUCGGUAACAAUUAUUUCAUGACUAUUGAUAUCAAGUAUCAAUUGCAACAGCUGUUAUCAGAACCGAAGAUAAAUGCCAAUCUUUUUCGUUACAUUGAAAUUAUAAAAAAUAAUAUAUCCGAUGCUGAUGUUAUUUUCGAUGUCCACAGUUCUCUUCUUUAUAAACAAUUAAUGCGCCAUAUCCCGGGAGUUUUAACGCUAAAUUGUAAUGUAGAUGGCGCACCAAUUUUUAAUAGUUCAACAGCUAGUUUUUGGCCUCAACAAUUAAUAAUUAACGAGCUUCCGCCAAAAUUACGAUUUAAAAAUACUAUUCUUGGUGGUAUUUUCGUUACUCAUAAAGAACCGAAACCAAACCUCAUGAACUUAUAUAGUACGGAGUUAUGCAAUCAAAUAGUUUGUUUAAUGACGGAAGGGAUAAAUAUUAAAAAUAUAAGUAUAAAUCAAACUGUCAAUUUAAAGUUUACAUUGUUUGCAUGUUGUGUAGACUCUGUUGCACGUCCAGUUUGCCAAAAUCGUGUUCAAUUCAAUGCGUAUUGGGGAUGUAGUUGGUGUUACGCACCUGGAACAUAUUUCGCAAACUCUAUGCGUUAUCCUUUGACCUAAAACGAUCCAGAUUUGCGCACGAAUUCGCGAUACAAAGAAGACGUAAAAAUGCUGUCAGGUUGAAUAAAAAUUAUGUUCCCAGAAGAAGAAAAACUUAUAAAAGUACUAAUUAUAUUGCAAAAAAAAAAUAAAAACAUGUAAUGGAGUGAAAGGCUCGACGCCAUUUAUAAAAUUAUUACCAUUAUUUGAUAAUGUUUGGGGAUAUCCUAUCGAUUAUAUGCACGGUUGUUUACUCGGUGUUGUUCGUCAAUUAUGGGCUUUGUGGACUACAGCAGGGACUGAUUUUUACUUAACAAAGGAUAAUCGUGAUGAAAUUCAAAAACGUUUAGAUAAUAUGAAGCCACCUCACGAAAUUCAUCGGCUUCCAGGAUUGAUAAAAAAUUUUAGCAAAUGGAAGGCUUCUCAACUGAAAUCUUGGCUGUUGUAUUGGAGUCCGAUCUGUUUAAAUGGCAUUUUAAACAUAGAAUGUUUUGACUCUUAUUUACUGCUUGUGCGCAGCAUUCAUACUCUUCUAAAACGUACAAUAACGGAAAGUGAGAUUUUACGAUCAGAAUAUGAUCUUGUGAAGAAGGUAUUAGGAGCAGGGAGGCGAAGGGGUGUCGCGAGCAGUGAGAGCCGGCAUCACGGGACUAAUCGACGGACCGAGCAAGCGAUGGAGCGAGCCAUCGCUACCGCGACCGCGUCGACUGCCGUGCCACGGCAUUUAUGUAUAUAUGUUUAA